AUGGUUAUUUCGUGCUCUGCAUACAACUGUACGAACCGGCAGAACAAGGAAAGUAAUUUAAUUUUCCACAGGUUUCCUCUGCAAAAAGGUGAUUUGCUGAAACAGUGGGUCAUUGCCACUAGACGCAAAGGUUUCACGCCUACAAGGGCUAGUUCCUUGUGCGGAGAUCACUUCUUGGAAGAAGAUUAUUUAGUGAGGCCUGGUACUUCGAGAAGGCAUCUCAAGCCUGAUGAAGUGCCAUCACAGUUUGCGUUUCCAACGCAUUUAAUGCCCAAGGAAAAGCAACCAAGGCUUUUCUCAGAGUUAUGA